UUGGGACCGUACAUGAGAAGAUGAUGCGCGGGAAGGAUCAGAAAGCAGCGGCAUUUCCGGCGAUGAAGAAGGAGACGGCGGCGGCGGCGGUGAAGGAGGAGGUGUGGGAGGUGCGGCCGGGCGGCAUGCUGGUGCAGAAGCGGAGCCCGGACUCCGACCCGCCCCCCGGCGGCGCCCCCGUGCCGACCAUCCGCGUCAAGGUCAAGUUCAAUGGCGUCUACCACGAGAUCUACAUCAACUCGCAGGCGUCCUUCGGCGAGCUCAAGAAGCUCCUCUCCGAGAAGACGGGGCUCCACCCCGACGACCAGAAGGUGGUCUACAAGGACAAGGAGAGGGACUCCAAGGCGUUCUUGGACAUGGCCGGCGUCAAGGACCGCUCCAAGAUGGUGCUCCUCGAGGACCCCACCGCCCAGGCCAAGCGCCUCCUCGAGGAGCGCCGCCAUAGCAAGGCCGAGCGCGCCGCCAAGUCCAUCUCCCGCGUCGCCCUCGACGUCGACAAGCUCGCCUCCAAGGUGUCGGCGCUGGAGACGAUCGUGGGCAAGGGCGGGAGGGUCGUUGAUGCCGACGUGGUGGCGCUCACCGAGGCGCUGAUGAACGAGCUGGUCAAGCUGGACUACAUUGCCGCGGACGGCGAGGUCAAGGAGCAGCGGCGAGUGCAGGAGAAGCGGGUGCAGAAGUACGUCGAGGCCCUCGACGCCAUCCGUGCCAAGACCAAGAACGCAGCGGCGCCCAAGGCCAACGGUCACGCCAAGGCCCGGCCGCCGCACCUGCCGCCGCGGCCGCCCCCGGCGCAGCAGCAGCAGCGCCGGCAGUUCCAGCCGCCGGCGCCCGCGACGGCGACCGCGCCCGCGCCACAGACCGCGACAGCCAACUGGGAGUCGUUCGACCUGCUCUCGUCUGUGCCGUCCACGUCCUCGGCCCCGGUGACCACCAUGGCGCCGGCGACCACCACCACCACCUCGCCGUCCCCGAGGUUCGAGUGGGAGCUCUUCUAGAUGAUGUGGGCCCCCCUGCCGCAUGUGUGUACACGUUCAUUGGCCGGUACCUUUCUUGUUCAUCUUGGUCAUGGUGCAUGUCAAUUGUCAUUGUUCCUUUCCUCUCUCUCUCUCCCAAUUCUUUUUUUUCUUUCUUGCUGAAUUCUGAGUGUAUAUGGAUCUCUACAAGAAAAGGCAAAAAAUGUCCAGUGAGUGUGAUCCUCAUGAAGAAGACAACAUCCAACCAUGAUCCAUGCUCUGCAAAUAAGUGGUGGCCUUUGAGAUGAGAUGAUCAAAAA